AUGGAUCUCAUUCUCGAAGUUUGCGACCACCUAUUUCUCGAUCGGGUAUGGGCGUCCCUCGUUCCCGUGUCCGCAUUCGCUUCGAGCGCGCAUACCUUCCAAACGUUGAACAGCUCGACAAUUCUACCAGCCGUUGGGUCGUCGUCGACAUGGACGCAUUUCGUCUCGAAACUGCCGCACCCCCCGCUCCCUCUUGAAGAAAUGGAAACAGUGUAUGCCUCAGCACCGCUGGUGUCCGCAUGGCCGCGCGACUACGUCCCCCGGCAGAUACUCUCAAUUCUUACCUUGACGUAUAUCGGAAUACACGUCCUGUACUUCCUGUUCGCAUGGCUAUCCUACCGAUUUAUUUUCAAUCAUGAAAUGAUGAAGCACCCGCGUUUUCUGAAGAAUCAAGUCAAGCUCGAAAUACGGGCGAGCUUGAAGGCGUUCCCUGGCAUGAUCCUGUUGACGCUACCGUGGUUUCAAGGGGAAGUUAUGGGGUACUCGAGGCUGUACGAUAAUGUGGAGGAGUAUGGGUGGGGAUUUUUGAUUGCGAGCGUUCCAUUAUAUCUCCUCUUCACGGAUUAUCUGAUCUACUGGAUCCACCGUGGUCUUCAUGCCCCUUUCGUGUACAAGCAUGUUCACAAGCCCCACCACAAAUGGCUGAUCCCCACGCCCUUCGCAUCCCACGCGUUCCAUCCACUUGACGGGUAUUUACAGUCCAUCCCUUACCACCUGUAUAUCUACCUCUUCCCCCUGCACCGCAUUCUACACUUGGUCCUGUUUGUCCUCGUCAACAUCUGGUCCAUCUUUAUCCAUGAUUCCGACAUGAUUACAGGGCAUGCCCUGGAGAAGAUCAUAAACGGACCGGCGCACCAUACACUGCAUCAUUUGUACUUCACCGUGAACUACGGCCAGUACUUCACAUGGGCUGAUCGAUGGUCUGGGUCGUAUCGCCAGCCAGAGUCUUCGCUCGACCCACUCCUCGAAGUUAAGGCGCUGAAUGCUGCUAAAGAGAAGGAAGCCCUUGGGAAAGCCCAGUGA